AUGAAGCGCAAGACCAACGGUAGAGAGUCUUUCGAUGGCAAUGGCCAGCCCGACUCAAAAAAGCGCGCCCUGUCCAGCGAGGAAGUUGCUCUGCGCUUCCGCGACGGUCUGUUCGAUUCCGCGGAGCAGCAAAAGUAUACCAAAGCAUAUUCCCAGUCGGAGCCGUACAAGCAUGGCGUCAUCCACCCGCUGAUCGAAGACUCCCUCCUACGAUCCGUCCGCGACGAAAUCCAGGCGCAUCUAGACUUCACCGAGAAGGAGACGGACAUUUACAAGAUCUUCCAGUCGGGAGAUCUCGCGAACCUUGACGGUCUGGACGAUGGGUCACUGUCGCGUCUGCCGUCGAUCUUGAAGCUUCGCGAUGCUCUCUACUCCGCGCGGUUCCGCGAGUUUCUCUCCUCGGUGACUGGCUCGGGUAAGCUCAGUGGGCAAAAGACAGACAUGGCCAUCAACAUCUACAACGAGGGGUGCCACCUACUUUGCCACGAUGAUGUGAUUGGGAGCCGACGACUGAGCUACAUCCUGUAUCUGACGGACCCGGACACGCCCUGGCAAGCGGAAUGGGGCGGCGCCCUGCGCCUGUACCCAACGACGACGAAGAAGGACGCCAAGGGCGAGGACGUCAAGGUUCCUAGCCCCGAUUACACUCUGAGCAUCCCGCCGGCGUUCAAUCAGCUGAGCUUCUUCACCGUCCAGCCCGGUGAGAGUUUCCAUGACGUCGAGGAAGUCUAUCACCCGGCCGAUGGUGAGGACAAGUCGAAGAAGCGCGUCCGGAUGGCCAUCAGUGGAUGGUUCCAUAUCCCGCAGCGUGGCGAGGACGGGUUUGAGGAGGGAUUGGAGGAGAAGCUCGCUGAGCGCAGCUCCCUCUCCCAGCUCCAGGGUCGCGCGGACAUCUACGACCUCCCACAACCAAAGACAGUUGCCUGCGCGACCCUGGAACUGGGAGAGGGAGAGGAGGACGCAAAGGACAAGGGCAAAGCCAAAGCUGAACCCGAGGAAGAGGAUCCCAGCACAGAAUUUAGCGAGUCUGACCUCAACUUCCUAAUCCAGUACAUCGCCCCCUCCUACCUGACCCCGGACAUCGCCGACGAAAUGUCCGACGCCUUCCUCAACGACUCAUCCCUAAACCUAGAGAACUUCCUCUCGAAAAAGUUCUCCGCAAAAGUCCGCGCCUACAUUGAGGACCAGGAGAAACAGAAGCUCCCGGCCUCCGCGGACGAGAUCCAGUCAACCACGGACUGGACCGUCGCCAGACCCCCUCACAAGCACCGGUACUUGUACCAAGAGCACUCGACCGCUACCAAGGGCACAGCAUCGCCCAUCCAAGAACUCCUCAACGACCUCUUCCCCUCAAAGCCCUUCCGCAAGUGGCUGGCCCUCAUCACAGGCUCGGAUCGUAUCACGAGCUACAACUUUCUCGCACGUCGCUUCCGGCGUGGCCAGGACUAUACCCUCGCUAGCAGUUACGCCGGCGAGGAGCCACGCCUCGAACUUACCUUAUGUCUGACCCCAACGAGCGGUUGGGAAAAGGAAGACCCGGAAGGCGAUGACGAAGCCCAAGGCGAAGACAGCGCCAAAAAGGCCAAGGAACCUUCAAGCUCGGGCUCAAGCGCCGCCCAAAAACCAACCAAGGACUCCUCCUUGUUAACCAAGACCGACGAACCGUCCGUUGGCGGCUACGAAAUCUACAUGGCCGGCGACGAUGACGACGACGACGAGGACGCAGCGAUCUACCGCUCUGCGGCCGAUGACGAAGACGACGGUAUCCUGUUCAGCACGGCGGCCGGCUGGAACAGACUUAGCAUUGUGCUGAGGGAUAGUGGGACGCUGAGGUUUGUCAAGUAUGUUAGUGCGGCGGCGAAGGGGGAUCGGUGGGAUGUUACCGGGGAGAUGGGGGUUGAGUUUGGGGAUGGUGAUGGAGAGGAUGGUGAUGAUGACGAUGAGGAGGGUGAUGAUGAUGACGACGAAGAGGAUGAAGAUGAGAUGGAGGAGGGUGAGGACUAA